UUUUUUCUGAUGUCCGCCGAAUUAUUCAAUCUAAGAAAGAAUGCUUUGAUGAGACCUUAGUUCAACAGAUCUUAAGGAACUGUUUGCUUGCUAAUAACUGUCAGACAAGGUAGUCAAAGCCAUUGGAUUAUUGAACAAUCUGAUGUUUAUUCAGAGCGGCUCAUAUCUUUAUAAAGGUAUUUGGCGAGUUGGACUAUUAGAUCUUGAUUUUGCCCCAUUGUUGUCAUAAUCUGAGGUUGUGUUAUUGCUGAUUGUUGACUAUUGCUUUCCUCAGUAAAUUUAACUGCAUUGUGUGCUCUAGCUGCGUCGUCGGCUUCCUUUUUGUUUUUUUCAUCAUUCCUCAGGCUAAACUGCAUGCUUCCCUAGUUCUCAAUAAUACCUGGCUAGACGCGAUUCGCUACAAGAUCAAUGGGGAUACUUGAUAAAAUCGCUGAUAUUGAGAAUGAAAUCGCAAGGACGCAGAAAAAUAAAGGUUCUUAUUGCCUUAUGUUGUAUUAACAUUCUUAAAAAGCGACGGAGUAUCAUCUCGGUUUAUUGAAAGCUAAGCUCGCCAAGUACCGUUCUCAACUACUGGAGACACAAAAUAAAGCUACUAAAGGUGAAGGAUUUGAUGUUAUGAAAUCGGGCGACGCUCGGGUAUCACUAAUUGGCUUUCCGUCCGUCGGAAAGUCCACGCUCCUAAAUUCUUUAACUUCUACACACAGUGAAUGUGCAUCAUAUGAGUUCACGACUUUGACAUGUAUACCGGGUGUAAUUGAGUAUAAAGGCGCUAAUAUCCAGUUAUUGGAUCUUCCAGGGAUAAUAGAAGGGGCAUCACAAGGAAAAGGGCGGGGGCGCCAGGUGAUUGCUGUUGCCCGAACGGCUGACCUCGUACUUAUGAUGCUUGAUGCCACCAAGCCGGAUGUCCACCGAAAGUUACUUGAAAAUGAACUAGAAGCUGUGGGUAUUCGAUUAAAUAAAAACAAACCAAAUAUUUAUUUCAAGCAAAAGAAGACUGGUGGAUUAAAAAUCACAUCAAUGGUUCCCUUAACAAAGAUAAACGAGAAAAUGACUCAAAUGAUACUACAGGAAUAUAAAAUAUUUAAUGCGGAAGUCAUCUUUCGAGAAGAUUCUACACCGGAUGAAUUUAUUGAUGUAGUAGUUGGUGGUCGAGUAUAUCUGGCUUGUCUUUAUGUGUAUAAUAAAAUUGAUCAAAUAUCACUUCAAGAAGUUGACAGAUUAGCAAGACAGCCUCAUUCAGUUGUUGUUAGUUGCAAUCUAAAGCUGAAUUUGGAUUACUUGCUCGAAAAACUUUGGGACUAUUUAAAUUUAAUUCAAGUAUUCACUAAAAAACGUGGACAAAAACCAGAUCUUGAUGAAGGAAUUAUUUUACGAAACGGUUCAACAGUUGAGCACAUUUGCCAUUCAAUUCACAGAUCUUUAGCAUCACAGUGUAAAUGUGCUCUUGUGUGGGGGACAAGUGUUAAAUUCAGUCCACAACAUGUUGGACUGAAUCACGUCUUACAUCAUCACGAUGUUGUGCAAAUUGUAAAGAAAUAAUGAUUCAGUGGAUUAAUAUUUCAGUAUGUUAUUGCAAAUUGAAUUCUCCAUGUCUUUCUUUAUUGAUGAAUAUAUUGAAUUUUUGGAUGCUAUGUAGUUUUACUGUUAUCAUAAGAGGGGGACACUUUGGAUAGACUACAUUGAUUUAUUUCUGUAUUGAAUAAAUCUUACUAGUUACAUUGUAGUUCAUAAAUUCGAAUAUCCCUCUGUUUAUAAUCGUUUAAG